AUGGAAUCUCCCGCAGUCACAACCCCGCUAGAUCCGCGAGAGCAGCCCAUUCUCGAGCGCUUGCUCCGGACCCGGGAUGCACUUCUUCUGCUGAAACAGGACAAGUCGUCCUAUAUCAAGUCUCGUGAUGUCCUCCCGCUAUACGAAGAAGUCGUUGAAGAAGUUGAUAAACUCAAUGCUGCUCGCAGAGAGACGGACCGUCGCUUGAAUCACAAUCGAUUGGACUAUGUCCUGGAUGACUGCUUCCAAUUGAUCUCGCUCCUCUUUUUGACCGUGGGCAGAAAUAAUGAAGCCCCUGCAGUGUACUCGCUUGCGGCUACAAUUCAGCGCCUUCUUGAUCAUUUAGGAGAGGCUGGAUUCUACAGCUCGAAAGAUUUGAAAUCGAUCACAAAGACCCUAGACUCGAUGCGCGAGACACUGGACCGCGGACGCGACACUUAUUCACCAGCCCUUCUCACUCUCCUUGAGAGCAGGAUGGAGCACUGCAAAAUCUCAUUGCAGAGAUUGGAAGACGGUCUUCGAGUCCUUGAUCCGGCUCUUGUGCAAACGCACGAAACGCUUGUCUCUAUUCUGCGCUCUACGGCUGCCGUGAACACUCGCUCCAAAUUUUCGGCCACAGAAGUCAACAAUCUCCGCGAGCAACUGAAAAGGAUCGAAAACACACUGAAGGAUGGCAAAUUUGUGGAUGCCGAUGGCAAAGUUCUGGCUGGAUCAGAUCGCCUGAAGUAUCUGAUGGAUCGAUGCUGGAAAUGGACUGAGAUAGUCCUCGAACGCGAGGGCAAGAUCGACGAACGCUUCCAGGAUCAGUAUGACCGCCUCCUCGAGAUCCGCAACCAGCUCGAUCGCCUCUCUGUCACGCAAGCUUGGUCUCUUCGUGAGACGGACUUGUUCGGGUAUCAGCGUAAGUUGGACCGAAUCGAUGAGGGUCGAGUCAACGGAAACUUUGUCGAUGCGGAAGGCCAACCGGCAGAUCUUCAUGCCCAACGUACACUACUUUAUUUGAUCAGACGCAGCUACGCAUACAUUUACGCUCUCCUGAUCUCUUCCGAGCCUGUAUCCGAGGCACUUCUGCCCGUCUACAACCAACUUCAGACUCUUCGCAGAUGUCUCGUCGAAGUUAAGGAAUCCGGAGGCGUCUCCAAUUCCCGCGAGCUGUACCCCUACAGUAUGAAACUCAAUUCGAUCGAUAAUAUGCGUGUGGAUGGAAAGUUCUACAUCGGUCCCGAUAUUCCUGAGGGUCAAGGCAGUGUAAACUCCCUUCUAGCUGAAUGCUACGACCUCGUUUGGGAGCUGCGGGCAGCCGUUGCAGAUGAUGACACUCAGUCAUGA